ACGCAAUCGUGGUUUUGGCCUCGUUUACGUUCAUGUUCCUACGUGUAUCCACGACUAGAGGUAAUUCCACCUCCGACGACUAACAUCGGAUCGACCACCUCCAAACACCACAACGGUGGCGGCGAAUAUCCGCACCAAAGUUAUAAAGCGGACCGGCUAAGCUGGCAAACGGCGCUGCCACUUUAUCAAGCGACCACGACGUGCCACGGUCCUCGCUUUUUCGUUAAAGAAGUUAAAAGAAGAACGCUUUUCGGCGGACACCUCGCGCGGUGUCAUCCUCUUGAAGCGCACGCGCUCGUGCACAGGCCAUGUUAUUUUAAAACAAAAGCAAAGUUACGUGGGUGCGGUUGUACUUGUAUUUUUUUUUCUUCCCUCGAAACACCACCAUCUCGGAACGAUUUUUUCGUCACUUCGCUCUGGCAUUUUCCUGCCAAACGCACGAAGAGAGCAAGGAUUCGAACUCUCGUGUUGAUACCAAGAUACUACUUUUUGAUUUAGAGAAUUGUGUGGUCAAGACGAGAUGGCGGGCUUUAUUAAUUCGACUACACAAUUUAUCAACGACGCAUACGACUACUACCUCUGGACGCUGUCUCUUGCCGACGAAAGAUCGAGAGGAUGGUUACUUGUGGACUCACCGAAACCGACCUUAAUAUACACGCUGCUGUAUCUUCUCAUUGUUUGGGCAGGUCCAAAGAUCAUGAGAAAUCGGAAAGCUUUCAAAUUAACAUGGGCGUUAGUACCUUAUAACCUCGCCAUGGCCUGUUUAAAUGGUUACAUUGCCAUUCAAUUGUUCGUAGCUUCCACAAGGUUACGGUAUAGUUACGUGUGCCAGCCAAUAAGACACAUUACCCGCCCUGAUGAACUUCAGAUCGCUCACGCGGUUUGGUGGUACUACUUUAGCAAACUUCUAGAAUUCUGCGACACGUUCUUCUUCAUUUUACGAAAGAAGGACAAUCAGUUGAGCUUCCUUCACGUCUACCAUCACUCCACCAUGUUCUCAUUGUGGUGGAUCGGUAUCAAAUGGGUGCCGAGUGGAUCUACUUUCCUGCCAGCGAUGGUGAAUAGUUUCAUCCACGUGCUAAUGUAUUCGUACUACGGGCUCGCUGCGUUGGGUCCCUCGGUGUCCAAGUAUCUUUGGUGGAAAAAAUACCUGACGAUUCUACAGCUGAUCCAGUUCACGACAGCUCUGAUUCUGGGCAUCAACGGCAUCCGAUCGGGAUGCGACUUUCCGCUCUGGAUGCAGUACGCUCUCGUGAUCUACAUGCUUUCUUUCAUCGUUCUGUUCGGGAACUUCUACGCCAAAGCUUAUAUCGCUAAGGGUAAACAGGCGUAUGCGGAGAAAAAGCUGGAAAGGCUAAAGGCCAAGCAAAUGAAGAUGCAGCAGGACAGCGCGAUCAGCAACGGAAUCGUCGCGAACGGACACGCGAACGGUUACACGAACGGGGUAUCCAAGAAGACUCAGUGAGACGACUCUCUUCCCGAAGUGUCCUCUCAUCGAGGAUUCAGUAGCGAUGGCGCUCGCCGAUGCAUGAAACAAAAACAAAAAAAAAAAAAACAAAAACAAAUAAAUAAAUAAAAAUAGUCAUGGACUUUAGCAAUCGCGCAGUUAACGUCAAUCGGUGCGUCGCGAUCGACGACGGCGCUAAAAAAAAAAUAAAGUAGUUUAUCGUAAGAAAAGGGAUAAAGACGGAUUUCGCUUUCGGUUAAAAUCCUGUUGUCGGAUUUUCGCGAGGUGAAGUUCAACGAUGUGAUUUCAAAGUCAAUCAAUUCGCGAUUCUCCUCUCAUCGGCUUCAACGACUGUAUGUGUAUCGCCGACACAUUAAUGUCUUUCGAUGAUAAGAGAAGUAUAGAAGCUUUUCUCUCUCUCUCUCUCCCGCGCGUAGAAAAAGAGGAACUCUCUUCUUCUUUUUCGAAAAGAAGAAUUAUAAUAUUGCAUUGCGCUCUACAUAUAAUCACGGAGAGCAUCACACACGCGGAGACUCCAGCACACUGUACAUAUUAACAAAUAUAUACUGAGAGCAGAGUGUCUAGAACCGGAUGCGUUUAGAAGUGACGUAAUGAGCCUGCUGACUCUAUACAUUUCGUGGCCUGACUCAGGGAUGAGUUAACACACAUACACACAGAGGAGACCCAAGUAAAUAUGAAAAUAUUAUCACAAGAAAAAAACCAUAUUAUUUUCAAAAUUAAAAAUAUAUAAAGCAAACAAAACGGUUCUCGACAACAUAAAUUAUCUAGAAGAAUGCGAUAAGAGAAAAGGAAUAGAUAGAUAUAAUGAAUAAGAUAAUUAAAAAACCGCAAACAAAAAAAUUUGAUAACGAAAAUAAAUGAAUAAAAAUUAAAGAACUGAUUUGAUUAAAAUAUUUGAGUGGAUGUUGCGUUCACUUCUCUUUUACAAAGUGAGAAAAAACUGAAGUAUAGAUUUGUUAUAUAAACUAUAAAAAAAUAUCGACUACUUGAAAUUUACGAUACGACGGGCCAAUUCAUGAGUUCUUCUCAUAACGAAAUGUAUGUUCGAUACAGCUCUGUGUUGAGUCUCGCAGGCACAUUUUUAUCGUGUUAUUAAAGAACUACGAUUUUGUAUAAAUUAAUAUUUAGACACAUAUAUAAUUCACAAAAAACAUAUAAACUAUAUAUAACGUAAUUAAUUAAUAAUUUUUAAUUAAUUUACACAAAAUGAAGAGACCAGUGCGAUGGUUCGUCCGUUUUUGUUAAGUGAUUUUACACACGUUUAUAUACAUAUAUAUUAUUAUCCGUAGACUUGCUUCCAAACAAAACAAAAAAAAAAAAAAAAAAA